AAAGUUUCUGCUGAUUGGCUUGAGCGCUAUUUUCGGGAUGACGCCGAAGGCCCAACCAAGCCAGGCUCUGUGGGGUGAGGAGGGCCCCCUCUUCUGCACAGACUGAGAGUGUUAAUCCUGUCUUGCCCAUCCAGCAAAGCAGCUGAAAAAUAGUCAACAUUGAGGUCAAUGAUCAACUCACCCUCAAGCUGCUUGGUGUGGAACUGGGGACGGUCCCGGGGCCCGGCUAGAACCGCAGUGUGCCACGCAGUGACCCCAGGUGGCCACGGGAUUUUCCGCGCGCAGGUAGUGGGGCUUGCCAGGUGGGGGAGGCGGGCGGGGCGGGGCUUCCCUGGGUCCGCCCCUUUCCCAGGUGAGGCGCCUGAGACCUGGGCGCGACCGGAUGACGCGCCCCCGCAGUGUUUGAGCAGUGUAGGGUGCCUGGCUGUGGGGUUGUCGGGCCAGGACUGCUUGGUGCCUCGGGACUGGCUCGGCCGGCCGGGCCUUUGGCGGGGGUGGAGAAGGAGGGUGCCGCGCCCUGCCCAGCCCAGGUGUCGUCUCCGGGGGCGGAGUUUGGGAACCCGGCUGCGGGAGAUUCCCAGCCGGACUGGCGGGCGGACGUCGAGGAACAGAAGCGGACGAGAUCGGACACAGCUGGCGGCUCCGGGAACUCACAGAGCAGGUAAAGGCGCGGGGUCGCCAGCAUGUUCUCCCGAAACCACCGGAGCCGGGUCACCGUGGCCAGGGGCUCCGCCCUGGAGAUGGAGUUCAAACGCGGCCGCUUCCGACUCAGCCUCUUCAGCGACCCGCCCGAGGACACAGAGUUGCAGAGAAAGCUAGACCAUGAGAUCCGGAUGAGGGAAGGGGCCUGCAAGCUGCUGGCGGCCUGCUCCCAGCGAGAGCAAGCUUUGGAGGCCACCAAGAGCCUGUUGGUGUGCAACAGUCGCAUCCUCAGCUACAUGGGUGAGCUGCAGCGGCGUAAGGAGGCGCAGGUGCUGGGCAAGACAGGCCGGAGGCCUUCUGACAGCGGGCCGCCUGCUGAGCGCUCCCCCUGCCGUGGCCGGGUCUGCAUCUCUGACCUCCGGAUUCCACUCAUGUGGAAGGACACAGAAUAUUUCAAGAACAAAGGUGACCUGCACCGCUGGGCUGUGUUCCUGCUGCUGCAGCUAGGGGAACACAUUCAGGACACAGAGAUGAUCCUGGUGGACAGGACCCUCACAGACAUCUCCUUUCAGAGCAACGUGCUCUUCACCGAGGCAGGGCCAGACUUUGAACUGCGACUGGAGCUGUAUGGGGCCUGCGUGGAAGAGGAGGGGGCCCUGGCUGGAGCCCCCAAGAGGCUUGCCACCAAACUCAGCAGCUCCCUAGGCCGCUCCUCAGGGAGGCGUGUCCGGGCAUCGCUGGAGAGUGCUGGGGGUUCGGGGAGCAGUCCCAUUUUGCUUCCCACCCCAGCUGUGGGGGGUCCUCGUUACCACCUCCUGGCUCACACCACGCUCACCCUGGCAGCAGUGCAAGAUGGGUUCCGCACACACGACCUCACCCUCACCAGCCACGAGGAGAACCCCGCCUGGCUUCCCCUUUAUGGUAGCGUGUGUUGCCGCCUGGUGGCUCAACCUCUUUGCAUGACUCAGCCUACCGCAAGUGGUACCCUCAGGGUGCAGCAAGCUGGGGAGCUGCAGGACUGGGCACGAGUGCAUGGAGUCCUGAAAGGCACAAACCUCUUCUGUUACCGGCAACCUGAAGACGCAGACACUGGGGAAGAACCGUUGUUUACUAUCGCCAUCAACAAGGAGACUCGAGUCCGGGCAGGGGAGCUGGACCACAGUGCGGGCCGGCCCUUCACCCUGAGCAUCAGUAACCGGUAUGGGGAGGACGAGGUGACACACACCCUUCAGACAGAGAGUCGAGGAGCCCUGCACAGCUGGAUGGAGGCUCUGUGGCAGCUUUUCUUUGACAUGAGCCAAUGGAAGCAGUGCUGUGAUGAAAUCAUGAAAAUUGAAACCCCUGCUCCCCGGAAACCACCCCAAGUACUGGCCAAGCAGGGGUCCUUGUACCAUGAGAUGGCUAUUGAGCCGCUGGAUGACAUCGCAGCGGUGACAGACAUCCUGGCCCAGCGGGAGGGCACAAGGCUGGAGACACCCCCACCCUGGCUAGCAAUGUUUACAGAACAGCCUGCCCUGCCUACCCCCUGCUCACCUGCCUCAGUGGCCCCAGCCCCAGCUCGGACCCACCCCAUGCCCUGGGGGCGACCCCGAACAUUCUCCCUGGAUGCUGUCCCCCCAGACCACUCCCCUGGGGCUUCCCGCUCGGUCGCCCCUCUCCCCCAGCAGCCAUCCCCACAGUCCAGAGGCCUCUUCAGCAAAGGCCCGUCCCGCACUUGGCUCCAGUCACCAGUGUGAGAGAGAAAGGUGCUGGCAACAGGAUCUGGCCAGAGGAAGAGAAGACCCAUGUGCAGUCAGGCUCUGGAUGUGGCGCUGUCAGUAGAAGGUUGGCCAGCUUGGCCUCACCUUCCUCUGCUGGACUUGGGGUAGGCUGGGGAGGAGGAGCAGAAGCCCCUCUUAAGCUGUGGUUGCCAAGGUGUUGAGGGGCUCGUUCCUGGGACUGGCUGGUACCCCCGAAACCCUUCCUGGGAGAAAACUGGAACCAACCCUGCCCUACCUCCCUGCACUAACCAGCUUUGAGGAUGGCACUGAAGAGCCUUGGGAGGGAGUGCACCUCCCUUGUGACUCUCACAUCAACCAUUAAAGUUAUUUAACGGCG